AGUGAAAAAUUAUUUAACGAUGGACAUCUAAUAUUUGUAUUCUCGCUUACCAUGCAACUACACACAUGACGUAUAUACGUAAGAUUGUCAUCGAAUGCGUAAAAUUAACAUCGAUCGAGAGUUUGUCAAAUCGAAAACAUCGUCAACUUAUAAAGAAACCAUUGCAAAUACCGCAGGGAUGCUAUUAUCCAUAGAUGAAGACGUUGUAUACAUCAAUGCUUCUUCUUUGAAAUCACGGUCAAUGAAUAAUUCCAAAAAAAAAAGAAAAAUAAAAUAAAAAGGAAGAGAAAAUGAAGAGAGGAACCAAUAAUAAUAGCCAUUCGUUCCUGUAAAGAAUUAAUUUCUGCUCGAAAGAAGGAAUAAAGUCAUGUGCUUCGUGAUUCAUUAAUGAUUACAUGAUAUUUAUAACACGCAUUUAUUAACACUUCGAUUAUCACCUGACUCACCUUGAACCAGCGACGAGUCUAAGUAACAGAGCAAACAUUCGCGAUCACGUGUAUCCUUCGCGUGAAUUCAAGUGCAGUUUGUUCGAAGGCAUCGCGGUAAUUAACAAUGAUCCCUGGGAUGCAAUUAUCACGAUUGAAAGAAAGCGCGAGUCUCGCGGGCGCCACAAUUAACUUUAUCAGUGGCGCCUGAAGAAGCGCCGUUAAAAGGAGCAUAAAUUGGAAUAUGAGCUCCGCUUAAGUCUGGUGUUGACGCUCCGCGUUAACUACCCUGCAAGUUCAUUAUACUCAAGACGCGUUUAUACUGCAACAGAAAUGGCUCAAUCGUUUCGCAAUGUCGUACAAAUUUUUCUCUUCCAACGAUAAGUAAAACACGCAACGUUAUAGUAGUUUGAAAAUUCCUUCUUUCCGCCAUUAACUUUCGAAAAUUGUUCAAGGCGAUCUAGUCAAGUGACGUAUUCGCGAGGCAUUUAUGAUUUAAGGAUCGAGUAGACUACGUACGCUCGCUUAAAAUAGUUGCCGUCUGUAAAAAUUAUUCCAUAUUUUCUCCAUCGCGAUUAUGUAUAGAAAUAAGUCGAUCUUAAUCUUACUGGGCAUCUUAUGCAUACAUACUUCGAUCAUUUGCAAUCGCUCAAGUUAAUGACACUUUUGCUUAGUCGCAAGGGUAGAAGAACUAAGAUGUCUAAUGUUUUGUACCAUUUAAAGAAAUAAAUUAUAUACCGUGAAUGAUUUCCUUUAAACAUUGACACCCUCGUACAAGAAGAAAAGCUUCUUUAUACGCUAUCGAUCACAGGUUUGGUUAUACUUAUUACUAAGACAAAUAUUCUUGAAUAAUUACUAAUUUCAAUUCCUUAUUUUUCACUUAUUUUAUAUAUAUAUAAAUAUAAGAAAAAGGUGACAAAAUAAAUUAAUAAUUGGAAUAUCUCGUAAAGUAAAUUGUAUCCUUAUGACUAUUUUGGACAAUUUUGUCAUUCUUCAUACUAAUUUCUCUAUCUCUCCUGUUUGCAUACGUACCAACGUAUGCCUGUGUGUUAUAACAAGUCGGAGUCGAGAUCGAGAUAAUUCUCGCUAGUCGCAUAUCUGCAUCUCAGGAUCAAUCUAAUGAAGUCUAUCCGCAGCUGCGUCGAAUGCUGACAGGCUCGGGAGAGAGAGAAAAAUGCAAAAAACUGGACAGCAUUUUGCGAACACUAUCAUUCAGGUCGUGUCCAGUGAUAACGAAGGCGACGGCACUUUUAGUGUUGACGGAACGUUAGUUUACGUAGAAGAAACAAUUGGCUAGGUAUGUCGAAUUUGGAUGGAAGAAAAACAAAAAGCUUGAACAACAUCCCCGAAGUGUUCAAACGGCGCGAUCAUGACGAGUCGAAGGUUUUGUGGAAAGUUUUAUCGAAAGUUUCCUUGGAAAACGUAGCCAGCGAACGAUUUAAGACUUUAAAUGCGAGAGGAGAGGACGCUUCUCCUUUUACUGUUCCAAAGCUCGAAGUCAUAAAGCAAAGUGACAACGAUGAAUCGAGUAAUACCGAGGAUGAAGCGAACGAAGAGAAAGGAUUAAAAAAGCCAGAAGUGCCGAAAUUGGACGCCGAGGAUCAAAUAAAAAAUACUUUUAAGCUCGAUUUUUCAAAUAUAAGUUUGAAGAGACAGAAACGGAUCCUAUCGAUAAUUGACAGUUCUCUGUCGCUCAUUCUAAUUACUCCGAUGACCAUCAGUUUUUGGAGAGGGACGUGGACCUUGAUGGAUAUCUAUGCUGAUAUGUUCCCGGAAUUGUUCACGUUCCUCUUGGGUAUUCUAAUACACACAUGUUUUGCAAUUAUGAGGAAUUUCCUGCAUGAUCGUGUGCUCGAUAUAUCAAAAAGGAAAACUUUCCUGAAUAAAACCUAUUGCAAGAUCAUCCAAAUUUUAUACACAUACGUCUUCGGUAUUUCCUGCAAUAUGCACUGGAGGGGUGCUUGGAUUAUUUUCGACCACUUCUUCAUUUACAAUAUUUGGGUAACUGUAACCGCUACUUUGGCGCCAAUGAUAAUUUUGGCGAUCUUUCGAUCAAUUCGUAAUGUUAUAGCCAUCCCUUCGGUGAUCAACGUCGACAUACUCGCCUUCGUCUUUCGUUUUCCAACGAGGUAUAAGCUGAGAUUUCACGAUUUUUCUUGGCACUUUGAGAAAUAUUUCAAUCGCUGUUAGAUACGGAUAUCAGUGCGAAAGUCGAUGAGAAAAAUAAAUGUUCAUCAAGAGUUCUAUUUCACAGAUUGUGUAUCUCCUCACGAGAGGAGACCUUAUCAAUUGGUAAAGUGAUCGAACAAAAUCUACGAUGCCGUAUCACUUAAGUAUCGCAAUCGAUUGUCAAACGGUUCUAAAGCCGAAUUUUCAUUGGGAAUAUUCCGUGAAUAUCAUUCGUACGAUAAGAUUCAUGAAUUGUAAGAAUUACAAAAACACAUAUGAAUAAAACACGUAUUUUAAUUAUUCAAAUGUAUAAGAUGUGUUUGAUUAUUAUAUUAACGAUGAUAAAUGAUCUGAUCUGAUUCGAUUCGAUUAUCUACUGACCAAUCAUAUAACGAUACAGAAAAAUAAAUCAUGAUAAUACGAAAAUUACUAUCAAAAAAAUUGUCCCACUUAUCGGGUUUGUAGUAAGCUUUGUAUCACAACGUACAAACUUUUAAUAUGGCGAAAGAAAGCUAUUAUUGGACUAUAAGAGUUAUCAUGUUAUCUGACAGGUACGUUAUCUAUUCAUUGACGCCUCUGAAUCGUGAAAAUCGUGUACAUCGUCGUAGAACGAAAGAAUUGCAACAAAGAAUCUCACAGGCUUGAAAUGGAGGAGUAAGACUUGUAGCAAAAGAGGUAAAAUAUUAUCAGCAUGAAAGCUAUUAAAUACCGUCGGCUAAUGUUCCCGUCCAAUUAACUUUAAACUGAUAUUUUACAACUUAACUAAACCCGAAGAGCAACGUUGGCUUUAACGUUAGAUCCUGAUCGAGGAUAUUGACAAUAUAUAUUAUAAAUAUAUGUAUUGAUAGUCUGAGAGCACCCAUAGCCAUUUUUCACAAAACAAAAGAAGAAACAGGAAUCAAUUAACAGUUUGAAGAACAAUAUUCUUAUGUGUUACGUUCCAAGAGAAAAUAUAAUUCUAUCCAUUGGAUGAAACAAGAGAAAAAAUAAAAUAAGGCAAAGAACAAGAGCAAUUUAAAAAAUAAGGAUCUUACUUGUGCAAUGAUCAUUAAGAGUACGACGAUCCUAACGUAUCUCUGUGAUUCACAAUGACGGAUUCAAUAUACAGAGUCGUAGGUGCCCGAGAUCCGAAUGGACGCUGGAAUAUUUUUUUCUCUACGUUCAACAAAAGGCUGUCACGAAGGAAAAAAAAAAGAAUAUGACAGGUCAAGGUAGAUGGUCGUAAUCCAAGCUUGAUUGGUGUACAAAAAGGUGCCGAUUAGCGAUGCGUUCGACAAAAGCCCGAUGAAACUGGCAGACAGGAAACGCCACUCAAAAAAAUGAGGCUUCAAGGUGGUUCAGGCCUCUUCUCUUCGGCUACUAUCUUGUUUCUUAUCAGUUAACACCGGGUUUCCCGGAUUUGUUAAUUAGCGCCUGACUGUCGCGUAUACGUCGAUCACGAUUUACGUGACUGCCAUACUGUAGGCUGAUAAAGUACACCGGUUCAGGUUCAAUUAAAAUUUCCUCCUUGCUACCAGUCCGCGAUAUCGUCUGAUGACACUAACAGCCGCUAAUUGCCGUUCAAGAUACUUGGUCGAGGGAUAAACAUGUAUACGAAAUGUUUCAGUAAAGCGUUAUUAAUAAUUAUGAAUAGAAGGCGGGUAAAGUGAGACGAUCUUAAGUCGAUGUUUAAAUCGAAUGUCAUUUGAUUUAAAAAAUCAUAAAUGAUCUUCAAAUCAUGUAGAAAAAAGGAAGAAGACUGGUUGAGGUGCUCUCAAUUUAUCUCAUAAUGGAGUGUACUCGUGUCUGCAUAGGGAGAGUCAUUAAGCAGCUCAUGUACUUGACAAACGAAUACUAAAUUGGACUCAGACGGUGAUCAGGCCAGAAUAAACGAACUUUCUCAUUUUUCAUUUAAAAAACACCAUUUUCAAACGUAUGAAAGUCUGGGGAGCAACUGA